AUGAAUAAUUUAAGAGAGAAAUUUGAAAAAGAGAUAAAAAACUUUAAACGAACUGCAUUGCUUCGGGGGAGUCCGGCGUUCAAAAUUAGCGUAUGGUUUUCCGGAUUUGCUCUGGGAUUCUUUUGGAUACUUAUUAGCGAAUACAACAAUCCAAAAAGAAAUAAUUUCUUUUUUAAAAAAAAGGAACCAGACAUGUUUACAGAAGAUGAAAUACAGAACUGGAACAAACCGUAUUAUCAAAAAAAAUGA